GCGCGCGGCGGCGCGGAGUGCGGCGGUGACGUCACCCCUUGUCGCAGAGGGGCGGGGCGGGGCGCGGGGCCGCGCGCCGGAAGCGGGGCGGCGCGCGCGGAAGGGCCGGCGCGGGGCGGGCGGGCGGACGGACAAGAUGGCGGACGGGGACAGCGGCAGCGAGCGCGGCGGCAGCGGCAGCGGCAGCGGGGGGGGCGGCGGCGGCGGCUUCGCGGCUCCGCGAGGCGGCGGCGGAGGAGGCGGCGGAGGCGGCGGCGGCGGGCCGGGCGCCGGGCCGGGCCCCGAGCAGGAGACGCAGGAGCUGGCGUCGAAGCGGCUGGACAUCCAGAACAAGCGCUUCUACCUGGACGUGAAGCAGAACGCCAAGGGCCGCUUCCUGAAGAUCGCCGAGGUGGGCGCGGGGGGCUCCAAGAGCCGUCUGACGCUCUCCAUGGCCGUGGCGGCGGAGUUCCGCGACUACCUGGGCGACUUCAUCGAGCACUACGCGCAGCUGGGGCCGUCCAGCCCCGAGCAGUUGGCGCAGGCCGCGGGGCCCGGCGGCGACGAGGGCGGCUCGGGGCCGCGGCGCGCUCUCAAGAGCGAAUUCCUGGUGCGGGAGAACCGCAAGUACUACCUGGACCUGAAGGAGAACCAGCGCGGCCGCUUCCUGCGCAUCCGGCAGACCGUCAACCGCGGGCCCGGCGGCCCGGGAGGAUUCCCCGGCGGCCCCCCCGGGCUGCAGAGCGGGCAGACCAUCGCGCUGCCGGCGCAGGGCCUGAUCGAGUUCCGCGACGCGCUGGCGAAGCUCAUCGACGACUACGGCGGGGAGGAGGACGAGCUGGGCGGCCCCGGCGGCGGCGGCCCGGGCGGGGGGGGCCUCUACGGGGAGCUGCCCGAGGGCACCUCCAUCACCGUGGACUCCAAGCGCUUCUUCUUCGACGUGGGCUGCAAUAAGUACGGCGUCUUCCUGCGGGUGAGCGAGGUGAAGCCGUCCUACCGCAACGCCAUCACCGUCCCGUACAAAGCCUGGGCCAAAUUCGGCGGCGCCUUCUGCCGCUACGCCGACGAGAUGCGCGACAUCCAGGAGCGCCAGCGGGAUAAGCUGUACGACCGCCGCGCGGGGCCCCCCGGGCCGGGCAGCGGCAGCGGCGCCGGCGACGAUUCGGACGGCGACGACGUGGACGACGACUGAGCCCCCCCCCCCACACCGACCCCCGCCUCAACCCCCCCCCCUCCUCCUCCUCCUCCUCCUCCCCCGACGCCCGGCAGCGCCCGACCCCCGCCCGGACCCCCCUUCCCCUCCUCGCCGCCGGGGCCGCGACCGCGACCGGGAGAAGGGGGCCCCGCGCCCCGCGCCGCCGGACACGGAGGGAGCGCCGGGCCCGACCGCAGCCCCCCCCGCGUCUCUCCUUCCGACGGGGCACGGAGCGCCCGCAGCCCUCAGCCCGCUUCCAACGAGGACUCUGCGCUCCUCGGGGCCGCCGGGCCCCCCUCCUGUCCUCUCCUCUCCUUUCCUCUCCUUUGCUCUCUUCUCUCCCGUCCUGUCCCGUUCCAUCCCGCCCCCUCUCCGUGCCGGCACUGCCCCACCAGCAUCCCGGCGUCUGCACCGGAGCCCACGGCCGCGAGAGGCGAUGCGAUACGAUGCGAUGCGAUGCCACGCAGGGGUUCGUCUCUGGACCAACGUCCAUUGUCUCCUUCGAUUUCCCUUUUGAAUUUAGCCCAUCUCCCCCCCUCCGUUCCGCAGCGUUGUUUUCCGGGAUGCAGAACUCCGGGCAGCCGACCCGGACCCCGCAGCCGAGCAGGUGGGAAUCCGGCAGGUUUGUGAGGAGUGAGGAACGGCCUCGUUUGGCUUCGGGGCUCUUUUUUCCUCCUUUUUUUUUUUUUUCUUUUUUCCUCCUUUUUUUUUUUUUCUUUUUUUCUCCUUUUUGGCUUUUUUUCUCCCCCCCCCCCCCCCCCUUCCUCUCCUUUUCUUUCGACCACGGGGGUCGCAGAGAGAGGGCGAGCAGCAGGAAGGCAGCAGCAGAAGGCAGCAGCACAAAGCACACGGCCGCGGUGCCGCAGGGAUCCCCCACGCCGCGGUGCCGCCGACCUCAGGUGCAGAAAUCCCACCCCGCUCCUCUUCUUCUUCCUCCUCUCCCUCCUCCGAGCGCGGGUUUUUAACACGAACUCAACGCGUCUCCUCAGUACCUCAACGUGUGGUGGCUGGGGGAGCUGGGAGCCCCGCCACGUCUCCCCCCUUUUUUUGGGUUUGGUUUUCAUUUUUUUUUUUUUUUUUUCCCCCCCCUUUUUGGUUUUUUUUUUUUUUUAAUUUUUUGUCCUCUCUCCCCCUUUUUUAAUUAUUCUUAAUGACCACCUCGACGUUCCGCCAGCGCGGCUCCUGCCGCCGCGGAGCACAGCGGGGCCUCUCGGCGCUCUCCUCUGUUAUUAAAUGGAUUUUCACUCUCGAAUGGUCUUUAUUUUUUAAAGCAAUCGGCUCAGUCCCGCCCUGCACAGCGGGGUUUUUUUUAAGCCAACACGCCGUACUCCUAACUUUGAACUGAAUGGGAGCCCGCUGUUCAUUCCAAAGUUCCAGCUAUUGCUGUGUGACGCCUCCCAGGCUCUCGUAGGACCGUCGUCGUCCCUCCGGUUCUGUCUCACACCACGCACGCCCGCCCUCUCAUUUCAGCUGCCUUCUUAAUUUAUUGUCUCCAUCCCUCUCCCGGCCGCCCCGCUCCGUUUGCUCCGUAUUUAUUGGCAGAAGUGAGGCACGGCCGAGGGCGGCUCAUCCCAGCGGGGCCGUCCCCACGCGCCCCCCGCCGCCCCUUUUGAAGGGAAUUUUUAACCAGGACUCUCUUCCGUUUUCCUGUUUUUAACUCUCCUCCAUCACGAAAGGACUCGGUUUCCGACGCCCUCCCGGGAGCAAUAGUAAUUCCUGCGUGUCCGCCCGGCGCCGUACACUCGUACUGUAUUUUGUACUGUAAGGCAGCUGUCCCAGUGAUGUCCUGCUGUAUUGCUGUGUGUGUCCGCGCCAGCAGCGCCGCGUCCCCUCGCUUCGGUGCUGAUGGACUUUCUGUUGCUCAGCUGCUGGGAGCCACUCCGGUUCUUGCGCCGACGCGGGCGGUACCUCUCCUUUUCGAAGAGGGUUAUAUAUAUAUAUAUAUAAAUAUAUAUAUUCUUUUUGGGGUU